AUGAAACGAUAUACAAAGUUGGUACUCCUCACAAUAUCGUGGUUACCGGUAGCGAUGACAACAGCAGAACUAGUCAAUAUAUCGAAAAUAAAUGGGAAAUCAAUGAGACCAACUCUUAAUCCGAGCGAUAAAGAUACAGAUUGGGUUAUCCUGAAAUUGUUCAGGCCCGCAAAGAAUCUUCAACGAAACGAUAUAAUACUAUUCAAAUCACCAUUUGACCCAAAAAUAUUAUUUUGUAAACGUGUAAAAGGUUUAGACAAGGAUUUAAUUAGAUUGGAGCAUGAGAAUAUAAGAGUACCGCGAGGUCAUAUCUGGGUCGAGGGGGAUAAUGUUCAUUCAGUUGAUAGCAGGACAUUCGGGCCGAUCUCGAAAGGGCUAAUCCUAGGGAAAGUCAAGUGUAUUGUAUGGCCGCCAAGGAGGUGGGGCACUGAUUUGAAUAAAUGGGCAGGAAGAGACGCAAUGGUUAAUGAGGAUGAUAAAAUGCAUUUUAUAGAUAGUGAAUGA